CGUAUCUAAAAUUUUUGGAAACGAAUAUAGCGGGGAAGUAGAGAGAGCUUCUUUUUGAUAUAUAAACAAAACAAAAACUAAAUAAAGCGUAGGACCAUCUCAGGUUUUCUUCACAAAUUCUCGCAAGAAUUGUGUCUCUAAUUUAGAUACACAUAUAUCUAUUGCUUAAAAAAUAAUAAAUAAUCUCCACCUUUCUCUUCGAAUUAAGAAGAAAAAAAAACUUUCAAAAUGACACAAUAUACACGUCCCAAAGAUUACAAUUUAAAAUUGAUAGACACACUUUAUAAUCAAGUACCAGCAUUUACCGAUGUUUUUGACGAGGAAACUUGGUAUAUUUUCGUUGGUUGCUUUGUGGCAGGCACUAUUAUGCUCGCUUUUCUUUUAUCUCGAUUUAUAACAAUAAAACCUGUCGAUUAAUUUUCUUUCUCGAUUUAUAGAGAAAAUAAUUAAAAAUUUCCUUUCUCUCUCAAUAUUGAAAAGCCAAAUAGACAAUUUAAAUUUAGAGCAAUAUUUAAAGAACAAUAAAACAAAAAUCAAUUCAUAAGCUUAAAACUUGUACACUGGAGCCUGAAUAUGUACUUAUCAUUUGUAGCUAUUUAUAUUUGACAAAACUUUAUACUCAUCUAAAUAUAGAACAAUAUUAAAAUUAAAUGACAAAAAAAAUGUACUUCUAUUUGAAUUAAUUUUACGAUCUCUUUUUUUCCAAGAGCGUCGCAAUAGAUUUCUUGACCAAUAUUUAAUAAUUCGACUGAUGAAUAAAAACUUUAAUAAAUAGAAACAACAACAAGUGAUUAGCCAAAAAAAAGAAAGAGAAAUAUUAGUUGAAUAUUUUCAAUUGCAUGGACUUGAAAAGCCUACAAUUUUAUACUCGUUUAGAUAAUAAAUAACAAUGUUUCGAAUUAUAUAUUAUAUACGUUAAAAAAAACUUAAAAAUAUGUAUUAAAAAUAUUACACUUUUUUUUGUUAACAAUCUAUGUUGAAUAAAUAUUUAAUCAUUUAAA